ACGAUGGAGGCGAUGGUUGUGACGAUCGAAUUCUCACGUUUCUCGGUAGAAGUGAGAUAGAUAGGGAUAGAGAGGGAGAGAGAGAGAAAGAAAGAAAGAGACUGUACAAGAGAGAAGCAGACUGUACGCCGGUGGUCUGCGAUCGGCGUGACGUUAAUUUUGACGCGCGCGAGUGAGUGCACGAAUUCUCAGAUUUCGUAUCGUCGUCGCCGUCGUCGUCGUCGUAGUCGUGAUCGUGAUCGUGAUCGUGAUCGAGGUGAUCGUGAUCGUUAUUGUCGUCAUCGAAUCGUGCGUCUUCCGUAAACCGCCGUUCCGUUUGAUUCGAGUACCGCCACCUUCUUCAACCACCUCCAAUCUGAAUCAAUCGGAACGUUCUUUCGAUCCGUUACGACGAAACAGGCGGCGGCUCAUUCGCGAUUAUCCUUCUUUCUUUCUUUCUUUCUUUCUUUCUUUCGUUCGUUCGUUCGUUCGUACGUACGUACGUACGUACGUUGAUCCGUUCGUUCGUUCGCGAAUUCAUCUCUCGUUCGAUCUGUCUUUUCAUGUUCCUUGUUUCUUCGAAAUCAUCGAAGAGGAACAAUCACGUACACGCGUGCUACGUAUGUACGUGUCGUCAACGCAACGGAACGACGCUCUCGCGUGUUUUCAAGAGAUAAAUACCUACAUAGAUGUAUCCUAACGUGUAUGUACAUCUUCUUCGUAUUCCUCGCCCUUUCUUGGCCUGGUCAACGCUGAUCCUAUAAAAACGUGGCUGCCAAGGACAUUCUUCUCGUUUGGAAAACAAUUUCAAUGGAACUUUGCGUAUGUGGGACGCGAUAACCUUCGCCAAUGAAGAUCCUGUUUGACUUAUAUGAUCUCCUACGUGUCCUCGUACAUACUUUUACCUGAGAAGAUAACAAAAGAAAAAAACAAUUGUUUCUUUGAAUACAUUUAUUCGAAACACAUAUAUACAACAAACGCAUACAUCUUACCGGUUCUAAUAUAUCUUGCAAACAGAAUGAAAAUGAUCAGACGUUGUCUCAAGAACGAAAAAUAAAUACGGAAAAGCGGAGAAAAACUGCAAAAGAAUCAUGUAAAAUUAUUUGGAAAUUCAAUUUGGAUUGCACCGACCGAUUGAUUAAUUGAUCGAUUGAUUGAUUCAUUGGUAAAUAUAAUAAUCUUCGGAUAAGAAAACAGGUCGAAAGAACGUUCGUUUUUUCGAAAGGGAGAAAUAAGGAAAAUUAGGUGAUGCACUCAGGAUUAAGAGGGUCAGGACUCGAGGGAAAAUGUUUCGCUCCAAGAUUCGCAUUCACACGUGUCAAGUGAUUCUUCUAACGUCUUUGGUAUGGUUUCUGGUAGACGUGAUGGUACUUAUGUUCUAUUCGGAUUGUAUCGGAGGAUCCGGAUGGGGUUGUUCCGACACGAACAAGCAAACUCCGACGGAAGAAAGUCAGCCACAUCCUCAAGCUAUGAAAAGAGAAACUGCCGAUCUACAAUUAUAUAAUAAAAGAAAGUACAAGCAAUCGGAAUUACAUUUAUGGAGACCUGCGAAGGUCAUUAGAGAAAAUAAGGGUAAUCCAGGUGAAAUGGGAGCAGCCGUACAUAUCGCUCCUGAACUCGAAACUAAACAACAAGAGUUAUUUAAAUUGAAUCAAUUUAAUCUAAUGGCUAGUGACAUGAUAUCUUUGCAUCGUUCUUUAAAGGACAUUAGACUCGAAGGUUGUAAAACGAAAAGGUAUAACAAGUAUCUUCCGGAUACUAGUAUCGUUAUCGUCUUUCAUAACGAGGCAUGGAGCACAUUGUUGCGUACCGUUUGGUCCGUCAUCAAUAGAUCGCCUAGAUCGUUAUUGAGGGAGAUUAUUCUCGUUGAUGACGCUAGUGAACGAGAUCAUUUAAAAAAGGAUUUAGAAGAAAAUGUUAAAACUUUACCCGUACCAACGUACGUCUAUCGCACGAAGACAAGAUCGGGUCUUAUAAGAGCUAGAUUAUUGGGAGCGAAACACGUGAAAGGUCAAGUUAUAACGUUUUUGGAUGCACAUUGCGAGUGUACGGAAGGAUGGUUGGAACCAUUGCUUUCAAGGAUAGCAGACGACAGGACAAUCGUUGUAUGUCCCAUCAUCGAUGUAAUUAGCGACGAUACGUUCGAAUAUAUACCUGCCAGUGACAUGACUUGGGGUGGUUUCAAUUGGAAAUUGAACUUCCGAUGGUACAGAGUCGCACAAAGAGAAAUGGAUAGAAGAAACGGGGAUAGAACGGCUCCUCUACGUACACCAACGAUGGCAGGGGGUUUGUUUUCCAUAGAUAAGGACUAUUUCUAUGAGCUUGGUGCGUACGACGAAGGAAUGGACAUAUGGGGUGGUGAAAAUCUUGAAAUGAGUUUCCGAGUAUGGCAAUGUGGUGGAACGUUAGAAAUCAGUCCAUGUUCACACGUGGGACAUGUAUUCCGCGACAAGAGCCCGUAUACGUUUCCUGGCGGUGUCAGCAAGAUAGUUCUACACAAUGCGGCCAGGGUUGCCGAAGUCUGGAUGGAUGAGUGGAGAGAUUUUUACUAUGCCAUGAACCCAGGUGCAAGAAACGUAGUCGUCGGAAAUGUGUCGGAACGAAUAAAACUAAGAGAACGUCUUAAAUGUAAGAGCUUCAGGUGGUAUUUAGAAAAUAUUUAUCCUGAAUCUCCAAUGCCACUAGAUUAUUAUUAUCUUGGUGAUGUUAAAAACGUUGAUACGCAUACCUGUUUGGAUACUAUGGGUAGAAGAACAGGAGAAGUUGUUGGCAUUAGCUAUUGUCAUGGACUAGGUGGUAAUCAGGUGUUUGCUUAUACGAAACGACAACAAAUAAUGUCGGAUGAUAUGUGCCUUGAUGCAGCCAGCCCACAAGGUCCAGUUAAAAUUGUUCGUUGCCAUGGGAUGGGUGGUAAUCAAGCAUGGGCCUACAAUGAAGAGACAAAAAUGAUCGAACACACAAAUACAGGCCAUUGUCUGUCAAAACCACGUUCGGGAGAUACCUCGCAACCUGUUCUUGCACCGUGCGAUUCACAUAAUGUUGGACAAAAAUGGAUUAUGCAAAGUAAAUUCAAGUGGCAAGCCAGCUAAUAUAUAUUGAGCUUAAGUGCAAACCUCUAUACAAUAUUUGUUAAUAUAUUUAAUAGAUUAUAAUCAAGGAACUGACCAUAAGAUAAUAUCGCGGCAGAACGAUAAGUAUUAUGACUGAUAGAAACAUAGUCGCUGUAUUAUGUUUUGUCGAUUCAUUGAAUUGAUAUAUCAAUGAAAUGGACAUUGGGAAAGAAAGUAGCUUCGUGUGAAUUUCAUAAUAAGAACAAAACGCUCGCGAAUUAAAUACUUCAUUUAUUUCUUAAGAUAAAUAUUAAUUAGACUUUACUAAGACCAUGGUGUUUAGUUACUGCCAUUUCUUAUGGUAUGCCUUGAUUAAUGUAUGAGGAUAAAAGAAGUACAUUUCUGACUGUGUGAGAACGUGCAAGAGUGAUACAAAAAAAAAAAAAAGAAUAAGAGAAUGAACUCUUUAACGAGCAGUAACAGAGAAAGCAUAUCAGAGACCACUGUUAUAAAUAAAUACUUGUUGACAUAAAAAAAAAGAAACAUAUUUGAUAAUUUGGGGUGCGUGCAAUGGCAGACGUUUGAAAGAUACUAAUCUAUAUGUGUGAAGAAAAAAAAAUAUAUAAGGAUAUGCUAAAUUUGUAAGUGUCACAACUAUGAUUGUGUGAGUGUUGUUAGUAUGAAAGUGAAAUUCAUGGUGACACUACUGGUUAUACUAAUUAUAGAGAACUUGUAUCGUACAAUCCAUUAUUAGUUAGGGAAGAGCACUGAAUCUUUUUAUACCGAUACUUCUGACAGUUCCUUGCAUUUCAUUCGUAAUUAAGUUGUUAUGCUUUUGUUUCAAUAAAAGCAAAGAUUCUACUCAUCUUUUUCACUAAAGCAUGAUGAGAUUACAUUUACGAGAUUUUAGUUAAAUAUGAAAGAUUACCGGCUGUUGUUUGUUACAAUCUUGUUAUAUAUCUUACAUAUUCAUUUAAAUUUAUGACAUAUGUCUUCCGCAUUUUAUUAAUAAAGACUUCAUAUUUUUACUGUAAUAGAAUAAAUAACUAUUCUUCGUAGAUAUUACAUUCUGCUUAAACAUAGUUUAUUAUUGCAAAUAUCGCAGUUGAACAAAAAAUGUUACACCAUUGGAUAGGAGUAAAUAGAUGUCUUUCAGAUUCUGGCGCCCUUCCCUUUGAUAUAAAUUUUCAAAAGAAAUUGCAAUAUUCGUUGUAGUUGAGACAAUUACUUUUUUUGUGCCCGUGUAAAAUAAUCUCUGUACUUCCUAGAUUUACAGUUAGUAACACGUGAGUAAUACAAUUUUUCUUACAUUCUCAACACAUCCAUCUAUGAUAUUUAGAACAUGUUGUGUACCAUAGUGAAACUUUAAUACUCUGCAACAUUAGUAUUAAAGAGUAAUACAUUAUUAACACUUAUCUAUUUAAUCUGAAAAAAAAAUAUUAUGGUGAUGGUACAACAAUAAUUUAUCAUUUAUAGCCUAUAUAUGUACAUGUAAUUAGACUUUUAAAACAGCAAUGUUUAUUUUUGUACAGGAUUUAGAUUGAUUUUAUAUAUUUGAAAAAGAGAGUCUAACAAAAAUUUACAGUUAAACUAUUCAGAUUCAGUAAAACAUGUUCACUGAUGUAAAAAGAAAACAAGAAAAGAAAAAAAAAACAAAAAAGAAGACGAAGUGAUAGUAUUUCCAUGUCAUGUCAUUCCAUAUAUUGCAAUCCUAAGUUUAUUUUUUAAUACACUUCUUAAUGUUUGCACAGAAAAUGAAGUACAAAUACCUUUGUCUUAAAUAACACAAUUGCUUCAUUGCGCAUUCACGAUACAUUGAUCAAAUCGAAAUCUUUGAUCGUUUUGUUUUCUGUAUUUUUUAAUGUUUUUAGUAUAUAUAAAAACAUGUAUAUAUAUAUAUUUGCAAGUGUUAAGCUUAAUUAUAGUAAUGUCCAACAUAGAAAAAACCAGUGAAACAAACUUCCAAUGUUUUAAUAUCUUAAAGAGUGUUAUUCAUUUACUCACAUAUUCCGUCUUGAAUUUUUUUUUUUCUAAUAUGCUGAAAGUCAGAAGAUGCAAGUUUAAAGACAAUAAAGCAAUCUACACAUGUUCCAUUAAGUUACAUAAUAUAUAUUCUAUACUUGUAAACUGUAAAUUAUACUACUUAAUUUACAACAAGUUUUGAAGUAAUCUAGUGUACUUACAUUGUAUGUAACAAUUGCAUGAAAAAAAAAAAAGAACAUUUACCGAAGUUACAUAGCCUCGUAUACUUUAUAAAAGUAUAAAUCAUUGGCAAUAGUAAAACAGAUUUUUAAUAAGUGAAUCAAUAUUCAUUUCUAAACGUUUAAAAAUUACAAAUCCUCUAAUCAACAUAAAUCUAUGAAAUCUUUUUUCGAAAUAUGUAUAUAUACACACAAUUAAUUACGUUUGUAAGAAAUAUACAUUUUCAAUUUAAUUUUUAUGAAAAUUACAAAAUUAUAAAUAAUUCUAUAUAACAAUGCCUUAAAAAAAGGUAUACGUAUCCUCGUGUGCUACUUACCUGUGAAGUGAAACGUGUAUAGAAUAUGACUAAUUUGCCAGCUUUUAACAAAUAAAUUAUUUGUUAUAUGCAUCUGCACUGUACAGAUUUUUUACAUUCUAACUGCAAUGUAUAUUCUUUUAUAUAGAUCAAUUAAUACUUAUGUUGUUAAAAUAUAGUUCAUUGUACAUAGGUAAAUAUAAUUAGGUGUGAUACCCUGAAUUUUUGAGUCCAAUGUGCCUCAAAGAUAGAAUACUAUGACUACUUAGCAAUGUAUACAUAGAGUUGUACUUUUUCAAAACUAUUUGUCUUAAAUUUGAAGUAAAGUCAUUUAAUGAGGGCAAUUAAAUAUAAUUGGAUUAUAACGACGCUUUGAAUAAACUAGACUUUACUUUUAUUAUUGAAUGGCUCUGGACACUUUGUAACUUAUUGUAUACUUUGUUAUUUGUUAUCUUUUUUAAUGUUAAUGCAAACAUACAACCUGUAACUUCAAUGUAUAGGGUGUUAAUUCAUAAGUCAAUUAUACUCGUAAAGUUAAAUCUAUGACAAUAUAAAUUUAUGAGUCGGGAGAUGAAAUAAAAAUAUAGAUGUACAAAAUGUA